AUGGGGGAGGGGAUUACAAGAUGGGGAAUCGAACACCAACAUCAACAAGGUAAAAGUUCAGGUAGCCAACCAAUUGAGGGUUUGACCUCUUGUCCUGUUAACCCUGUGGUUAUGCCAGCAGUAUUUUCUAAGCAAAAAGUAACUUGGGACUGGCUCUUUCCGGUGCAUGACUUUCCUUUUUCCCCCACAUUUGCAGUUUUCUCUUGCAUCGGAGUCGUGAUUUUGCUCUNCAUUCUGCAACUAGAUAAAUGUUCUGCUGUUGAUCCACAGUUUGUAGUAUGUAAUAAAUCAGUAAAUUGUAGAUAUGGUCCAAGAAUAAGCUUUCCAUUUUAUAUUGAAGAUGUUCAAGAAUCUUAUUGUGGGUACCCUGGUUUUGGGCUAAAUUGUAGUGAACAAGGGUUUCCUGUUGUACAUAUAGCUGGAAAUGAGUAUGUAGUUGAAGAUAUUAGAUAUCAAGAUCAUACUUUUCAGCUUAAAAAUUCAGUCUUUAACAGUAGUGUAAGGAAUGGAUGUGUUUCUGAUAUCAAGAAUAUGUCACUCGAUAAUCGCCCUUUUCAGUUUGUUAAGAAAUCAAAAAUUUACUUGUUGUCGAAGUGUAAUCGUUCGAUAUCCCAGAAUCUUUCGAAGCACAUGAUUGAUUUUGGUUGUGGUGGAGAAAAUGGGAAUGAUCGGGGUCUUGCAAUAUUUGCUGAGGAUGAGAGCAUUGAGUCUGCAUUACAAGUGUGUGAAAAACAUGUGAUGGCACCAGUAGAAAUGCUUGGUGAUGAGGGAAGUAAUCGAGAUGUUGACUAUCUGGGGAUUUUGAGAAGGGGGUUUAGAUUGAACUGGACUGCUGCUAAUUGCAGUGAAUGUGCAGAAAGUAGAGGACAUUGCGGAUUUGAUGUUCUCAAUUAUCAAUUCAAAUGUUUCUGCACUGACAGGCCUCAUGCAUUGAGUUGCAAACCUUCCAAAGCAAAAAGAAGCUUGGGACUGAUACUAGGCACAGUUUUCUCUUGCAUCGGAGUCGUGAUUUUGCUCUUCUACUUGAGAAAAAACAUUUUCUGGCACAAAAAUCUCAGGUUUUGGGAAUCUAAAGCUGAGGAUCACCGAAAUAUUGAAGCAUUUCUGAAGAACUCUGGGUCAUAUGCUCCAAAAAGAUACAACUAUACAGACAUCAAACGAAUCACCAGUCACUUCAAAAUCAAACUAGGCCAAGGAGGAUUUGGUAAUGUAUACAGAGGAAGUUUGCGUGAUGGGAGUCAAGUGGCAGUGAAGGUCCUGAAUGAACUAAAUGGCAGUGGUGAAGAUUUCAUUAAUGAGGUAGCAAGUAGUAGCAGGACAUCACAUGUUAACAUUGUGAGACUUGUGGGAUUUUGUUUUGAGGGUCACAAAAGAGCUCUUAUUUAUGAAUUCAUGCCAAAUGGAUCUCUUGAAAGGUUUAUCUAUGAGGAAAGAUCUGAUGGAGUUCGCCAAUUAGGCUGGCCAAGAUUAUAUGAAAUCUCACUAGGCAUCGCUCGAGGAUUGGAGUACUUGCACCGUGGUUGUAACACUCGAAUUUUGCAUUUUGAUAUAAAGCCUCAUAAUAUCCUACUGGCUGAGGAUUUUUGUCCAAAGAUCUCCGACUUUGGUCUUGCCAAACUAUGCAUAAAAAAGGAGAGUAUCGUGUCAAUGUUAGGCCCACGAGGGACUAUCGGUUAUAUUGCUCCAGAAAUUGUUUGUAGAAACUUGGGAGGUGUCUCUCACAAGUCUGAUGUCUAUAGCUAUGGAAUGAUGGUCCUAGAGAUGGUUGGAGGAAGAAAAAAUGUUGAUGUUGGAGUUGAUCAUACGAGUGAAAUCUACUUUCCACAUUGGCUCUAUCGACGAAUUGAACUAGACGAAGAGCUUCAACUAAUCGGGAUAAUGAAUGAAGAGGAGAACGAAUGUGCAAGAAAGAUGGUGAUAGCAAGUUUGUGGUGCAUACAGACUGAUCCGGCAAAUCGGCCAUCGAUGAGCAAGGUUGUGGAAAUGUUAGAAGGGAAACUAGACUCUUUGCAAAUGCCUCCCAAGCCUUAUCUAUAUUCUCCCUCAAGAUCAGAGGUAGAUUCAUCAAUAAUAGAACUGACAACAACAACAACAUACCCAGUUAGUCCCACAAGUGGGCUAUGAGAAGGGUAGGGUGUACGCAAACCUUACAUCUACCUUUGUGGAGUAUAGAGGUUGUUCCCGAUAGACCCCAAGCUCAAGAAAAUCGUUUUGCAGAAAAUGGUUUGAAAGAAAUGCAAGACAGUUUAGUUAACUAAUUAAGUACAUGUUGGUACUUAACUUGCAAAAGAGAAGAAAGAUUUAGUUCAAGUGUUCAACUAAAUCUUUUAAUUUCAUUUUGUGAUUUUCAUUAGUUGUCAAGGAUGUAAUAUUACUACACGGAAGUUAAAGAUUAAAGCCUUAAAUUCCCUAUUCUUCAAAAUUUCUUGAGGAAGAAGAGUUGUCAGUCCUUUAAGAGAGAUUUCUCUUCUCGAAAAAACUCCUUUAAUCAAGUAUGCCAUGGAAGGAAAACUAUU